GUAUAAGUUAUAGUUCUUUCUGCUCUGGUCCUUUGCGUAUUAAUCGCGUCCAUUCCUUUCUAGUAUACCCACCCAUCUGACCAAUUACAUUCGUUUAAGAACUAUUCUCUAGAACCAUGCGUUCAUAUAUCCCAUUACUCCUAUUAGCAGGCACAAUAUCGGCCUUUCCUUUCCAAAGAAAUGAAGCUCUUGUCAAGAGAUUGGACAACUCUUCAUCCUCAAGUUCAGCUCCAGUUUUAGCUUCAUCUGUUCCAUUACCUUUAUCAUCAUUACCAGCUUCAGAUCCUCCAGCUUCAGAUCCUCCAGCUUCAGAUCCACCAACUUCAUAUCCACCAACUUCAGCAUCUUCAGUUUUACCAUCUUCAGCAACCUCAGUUGUUGAAGCUGUCGAAGCCGUUGAAGAUUUACCAUCUUCAUUACCCCCAUCUUCAUUACCCCCAUCAUCAUCUCCAUCAUCAUCUCCAUCAUCAUCACCUCCAUCUGCGGCUGUCUUAAUUGACCCUACCUUAUCCUCAAUACCUACAACAUCUUCAUCCGUUCCAAGCUCAACAUCUGUCACAGCUUCAUCUGUUACAUCAACAGAUUCUGAAGAUCCUACAACUACAACCACUGUAGAUCAACUAAUUACUGUUACUUUACCUUCUACCACUAUUACCCUCCCACUUAGCUCUUCAUUGCCCAUUGGGGAUGCUAAAGCAGAAGUAGAAGAAACUUCAGCUGUUAUUUUCAAAACUACAGUCAUUACAACCAUUACUCAAUAUGCUACUGUUACUUCUAAUGGUAUCACUACAACUGUUCCUACUAAUACUUUAACUUCAAGUAUAGCAGAAAUCACUACUUCAACAAUUACUAGUUAUAUUACUGUUACACAAACUGAAGAUCCUUCAUCAUUAGAUCCUUCAUCAUUGGAUCCUAUUGUUAGUGCAUCUUCUGAAUCAAUUUGUGUACCAGAAACUGUUACAGUUACGGUUACUGCUACACCUAAACCUUCAAGUACUAGUCAUUAUAUUAUUACUUCUACUGUAGUAUCAGCUUAUCCAGUAACUGCAGAAUUCACUUAUGCUGGUAAUACAACAACAAUCACAAGUUAUGUUGAUGUUGUAUCAACAAAAUUAAUUACUACAACUCCACCAACUCCAACUCCAACCUCGUCCUCAUCCUCAUCGUCAACUUCUUUGGCUGUACCAAGUUAUGCUUCCUAUUCAUUUGACUAUUCAGCAGCCAGAGCAGGAAAUAAUGGUACUGCCUACUCCACAGUUGCUCCUGAAGAGAGUUCCUCUUCAGCCACUCCGGUUGCCAGUAAGAAAAGAAAUCUUUUCCGCUAUUUCUAAGUCCGAAUCCAAUAAAACAACUUUAGGAUCUUAAGCAUCCUAAGUUAAACUACACUGGACACUGGACACUAUGUCAACUACCGCGGAGUGAGUGAGUGAUUACUUGAUGAAUUUUAACGCUUCUUUCUAACUCUUCUGUCGUUUCUGUGUUAUACUAUAUAGCUUCUUUAUUUAUUGUUUAGUAUAUGAUUUUCGUUUUUUUCGUUUUUUC